AAAUCGACACCUUCAAUAGAACCGCCGUGACAGUCCAACAAGACUUCUAAAAAGAUACAGCAUACCAGAUCUAGUUCAUAAUACUAGUAGUCUAGUCUAGCUAGUCUAGUCUGUCUACUCUAGUCUAUCAUGGCUGGUGUUGAAAUCCCCAACGUAGGCGGUGUGUACACUGACCCGAAUCAUGCUCCCACGAAAGCCAGUGCCAACCUCUACGAUUUGAAAGAUCCUUGGUUCGGAGGAAUUCGUGUUCUGGGAAGAACGGAUCCCGCAUCUACUACUAGUAGUACCGGUACGGACUUUGUCUGCAUUGGAUGCGACGAUGGCAUCCACUGGUGGACAUUGACUGGAACUUUCAACGACUUGAAAGCGUCGCCACCAAAAGUCACCAUGGACUUUACACCAAAGGCCCCAGGCGUGGGAUUGCUACAGUGUGCCUUUGAAUCUACUAGUAGUACUGGCAGUCUGCACUUUUACGAGGAAGACGGCACCACCAUUGGAAACACAUGGGCCAGACUCACUCCCACGCAAGACUUUGACCUGCAGACACUGACAAAACAUCCCGCUUUCAAUGAUGUCAACGGACUUUACGUCGAUACCGACAUUUACAAACCCGGCACAAACUUUGCUGGCAUUAGACUAGUCUCAGAUAGAAUUGGAAAGUUCAUUGCUGAUCAAAUUGCUGUCAUUGGAACUGAUGAUGGAGUCGAAUGGUGGGCCAUACAGGGAGGAACAUUCGUCAACAGAAAGGCUGGAGAAAUCAAAUUUCAUGAUGAUGACUACAAGAUUAAGAACAAUCAUGCAAUCACUCAAGCCAAAAUUCGAAGUGGAACAUUGCACCUUACUUACAAUGGCAAGGAAACUAAGUGGACCAAAAUGGCGCCCAAAAUGGAUAUCCAUGCUCUGCCAAAGUAAGACUACUGUAAUACCGUACAUGUACCGGUACGGCACUGGUAGUACGUCGUAAAUCAAACUCCAAUAAAUGUCAUUGUGUCUGCAUAAGACUAAUUCCAGUCUAGCUAGAGUAAGCGUUUUGAUCUGCAGAAAAGGUAUGCUCUCUUUUU